GUGGUUUCUACGGCCACCAUUAUUAUACUCUAACUACUUUCAUUGUUUAUUAUUCUUCCAGAUGCUGUAUUGUACCACCACAAGAAUAAGACUAAUUGCGCUGUUGAUAUUCAACGAGAUUGCGUCUUUGACCUGUGCCCUACCGCGAACAAAAGAAGUAACGACUAAAAAUGGCGUUGCUGCAGAGCCGACUUGCGAGGAACUCAAGGCCAUGUGGAGGUUUUCCAAACGGCAAUCGAGGGCAGCGGAAAUCACCAACGAGAUUCCGAUGUACAGAGAUCCUUUCAUGGAUAAUGUUUGGGAACCGUAUUAUGCAACUUCCAGGAGCAUUGGCGGACAGAGAAUAAGUCGUCACAAGAGUAGACCGGUAUACGGUCGGAUAGUACAAGGCCCGUCCUAUUUGAGAGUACACAAUCCUAUCCAAAGACAUAAGGCAUUCGAGGAAGUUGCUCGCUUAUACGGAAUGCCGCCUCAAAGCGAACCCAGAAGGAAAAUUACCACAUUCCGUCUGCCAGGGGGAGGUCACCGUCCCACACUGGGAUUCCCUCCUCAACAGGGUAGUUUUCAGCAUUUGAAGGAGCUGAUCAAGACAGAGCGAGCUCGUGAACUACAACAGCAAAGGGCAAAUGAAGAAGCAGCUGCUAGAGCUGCAGCUCUGAAAGAUUUGACUAAUCAAAAUCAGAAAAAUCCGGAUGAUUAUAAUGAUCACUACGAUUACGGAAUGGACGAUGAGGACUUUGAAGGUAAUACAAUGGGCAAUGGAGGCAAUCCCUAUCGAAAUGGAGGAGUCAUACCUUUUCCCGAUCUACUUGGGUCAGCUGGUCGACCCAGUCCAUCUAGAUACAUGCCGGACUAUGCCUAUACAAGGAGCGCUGGAAGACCUAGAGCUCACAGACCUACUAUUUUCGACACAUCCUUCAACAAUGGAUACAGUGGAUAUCUACCAUAAGGGAUGAUCCUAUAGUAGAGAUUAGUUAGAUGUUAUUACCACCCUCAUACCAGCGUUAGUUGGCCUUUCAAAAAUAUCUCCCAGGCUUUCUUAGAGUGAAAAUAUCUGUAUUAUAUUGUAACAAAAUAUAUCAAAACCUAGAUCUAGUUACGUAAAACUAUCACAAGUAUUACAUUCUGAAAUAUCAGUGAAUUUUGACGUGAACUGAUUCAUUGCUAAUGGUAUUAUUUACAAAAUAAUGCUACUAAUGUGGUGGAAUCAGCAGUGAACAUUUCGUCUGGACUAUACAAGCACUACCACGAUUUUUUGAAUAUUUUCUUGAUUGACACAGUAACUUGUACUUUUUGCUUCAAUUGACUUGGAAAAGUAGUUAAAUGCCCACUGAGCUAGUAAAUUGUCUCAGAUUUUCCAGUAUAGCAGUUCAAAUUAUCACAGCAAAGCAUACUAACUGAGUAGGUAUAGAAAUAUGUCAAUCACAGAUAGAAUAAGGCUGGUAUUCUCUCAUUCAUUGUGAAAGUCAACAUAUCAAUAGUCUGCAAAGGGUAUUCACUUGAAGAUUGAUAUAAUUCUAGUAGAUGGAGAAACUGAUCACUCCGCUGAUGUUGGUAUUUAUCAUUUUUCAAUCGACAAUCCAAAAAUCCAGUCAGCUGGGAAUUACCAACUCAUAAGACAUUCCUUGAUAUAUUCAGAUGAUUCGUAUUGGAGCGUAUGGUUGAAUAGAGUGGUGGGUGUCGUUGUUUUUGUGUUUUGUAAAUCAAUGGCUGAAAUAAGUAUCUUCAGUGAUCUAUUUGGCACUACACCAUAUUAUAACCAUACUGAGUUACUUAGGAAAACUGACGCUACACGUAGUAAAUAAGAUUGUGAAUUGACAAAUGAUGAAUGAUAACCUAACCUAACAUAACCUUACCUAACCUAACGUAGCUAAGUUAAAGGGCCGAAUUGACGCUACACAUUGUAGUUAACAUUGUAAUUUGACAAAUGAUGAAUUGAUCUCAUCACUUCAUUCGUAGUCACAGAUUACUACCACUUUAUCAGACUAUACACUUCAGUAAUAGUUCGUAGUUAUGUGGUUUACUCUGAUAUAUGAUACAAUAUUUGAGGAAUGGUGUACCACAAAGGUAAGUUUCAUUUCUAGAAUAUUGGAAGUAAGAAUAUAUUUUGUUUCGAGUACAUCUAGUGUCAUGAAAUUGUUGAUAAGACUGAUUAGAUGAAUUCGAGUAAGUAACGAUAGGGAUGAAUUUGACCUUGUGAUAUAAUGAACAUUCAAAAUUGUAGUCUAUUCAGGUGCUUACAAAUACCAUUCCUUUGACAUUUUUGAAGAAAAAAGUUACGAUAUGAAGCAGCCAAUUUCAACGCAUGUCAUCCCUAUCAAACAAUCAUAUAAUAUUGAAGUAAAGGGUAGUGAGUAUUCUAACAAAAUAUAUUUCUCUUCUUAGUGGCGUCAACGAAUAUGUAAAACAGGCAUUUCUCGAAAAUCCUUUGAAAUAACUCCGGUUUUGAUAAAAUGCUUAACCUUCUAGUUUGAACAAUAUGUAUGAUAUUUAUAUAGAAAACAGUUUCGAGUGGAUUGUUUCAGGAAAACACUUCAUAUAUUGAUUGGUAUUAAAAAACAGCUGCUAGUAACGUCAUUUGGAUCUAUUAUGACUAGUUAUCUUUUUGACAAUCCCAUUCUUCGAAAGAUUUUAGAGCAUAAUUUUUCUAUAUACGAAUUUGCAAACAAAUUAUUUCAAUGCAAUAUUUCCCUAAAUCUAUUUUUCGAAGUGACGACCUAAGUUUGUUGUAUCGUGCUUUCAGAGAUUCAUAAAAUUGACAAUAUGAUCCUGUACGUUGUAUAUACAACGUAUUCAGGUACAUAUGAUGCGACUGUGGAAAUAUGGUAAUACAAUCAAUAUCUUCUUCAAAAAGUACUACUUCACAUGGUUUUUCGAUUAUGAAAGUUUUGGCUGAUGUACGUUACUUUUUGAUGAUAAUUGAAAUCACUUUUUCUUUACCACAAAAAGCUGACGUAGUAUCUCAUGCACUGAAUUUAUGAGCGAAAAAGAGAUGAUUUGUUGUAAUAUCAGGUUAUUUUAUCAAAGUGCUUUUUGUCAAAUAUAAACUCAUGAUUGGUCAUUGUAUUUUUUAGUGGUUUGAAAAACAAAAUUGUAUCAAAUGCUGAAGUCAUCGAUACUAUUGAGACAACUACAACUGAAUGAUCGGCGAAACUUCCUGCUUGACUUCAGUCUGUUUCAUGAAACAUGUAUGUAUUUUUUAAAUGAAUGACCGAUUGAAGUAUAACCAUGAUACGAUAUUUCUUAGAUGCUUCAGUAGCAUCAUUAUUAUAUCCAUCAAUAAUAAAUUUUAAUUUGUUGUCAUAGUUACUACGAGAAUUUCUGAUUUAUGAAGAUUUUGUUGAAAAACUCAACGUCUAACUGAAUUUUUACGGUAAAUAUCAUACAUAUCGCUUCAACAAUAUGGAUAAUCUUGUUCCCGUUUCAACAAAUUUGAGAAGAAACAUUGAAAUCGGGGAUUUUCCUGAGGACUUCCGAGAAAAAAAACUUCGUUGACACGACUAUCUUUGAUAGGUAGAAGCUUAACAUGACUGUACUACUGAGAAACCUGUGAGGAAGGUUCACAGGAUGUUUUUCAAAGUUGAUCUGGGAUUUUGAUAGCCCAAUAUUCCGCCCUCAAAUACAUUAUCGAUUAUACUUAUGAUUAUGAUUGUGAUUAACGAAGGAAAUAUUCUGUGACCCUUUAUCGUCUUUUCUCAGGCUAUAUCUUCAAACAUAAUCAUUUGAUAAUACUUGGACCACUGAUCUACAAGGUACAAUUCUGAGCAGAUAACUAAAUUUGGAAACUUUGUUAUUUUUCUUCAGCCAUAGUAUUGGAAAUAUAUCUUGCUUGUAAUUUGCGGUUCAACUUCCAUUGAACUUGACAGCAGAAGUUUGGUGAUUUAUUGUUGAAGAAUCACGUUAUAUGUGGGAAACACUAACUAUCAAUACUGUGUGAACUUUUAACAAAUAUUGACCUAGUAGUUAUAAUGAAUGUGUCAUUAUUGUGAUUUUGUGAGUAUUUUUGGUGUUAUUGAAUGGAAGAAUCUCUUGGAGAGACUGUAAAACAAAUAUUCAAACUUUCUCUCUAUUCUACAUUGUAUGUACUAUCAUGAAACUUCUAGAAAUUCUUUCUCGCUUUUCGGAAAUGUGAUUGCAGUUUCGAACUGAGGAAAAUUUAUAAAAACCAAAUCAACAUAGUAUAGGCUUUAGUGUUAAAUAUGAUAUACAAUUGAAUUUUAUGUCAGAUAUUUCGAUUUCAUGUAAAGAACGAUCAUGCAAAGUCAGGAAUUUCCAUAUAAAAUAAGCCAGGAUUGAAUAGUUUGUGGAUGGUUUAUGGAAUCUAUAUUAGUAAAGUAAUCUAGUUGAUAUAUGUUACAACGCGUCUUCCUUGAUAUUAAGUAAAGUCCAGUGAAGUUUGAGAAGUUGAAAAUAUGAACGCUACAGUUACUGAUUAGGUACAUUUUCCUAAAUGCUGAGUUACAAAAUAAUAGUACAAAUGUGCAUGGUAUAUGUGCAGAAUAUAUGUCUGAUUUUUCUUAUGGAAUUCAAAUUAUCAAGUUCAUGAAAUCGAUGUGUGCUUUAGCAAAAAUGGUCUGAAUUUCAACUGGGGUUGAAAGUGAUCCAUUUCAAUUACCAAAUAUUUUUAGAUGAAAUAUUGUUACAUGUAUGGAACGGUAUAGAUUGAUAUGUGACGAUCAGACAAUAAAUUGACGUAGUCUCACAUACUUUCCAGAAUUUUAGCUAUUUAUACAUAGUUCAUUUCAUAACAAAUUGCAUGAAUUUGAUUCACAAGUGAACACGCUUACUGAAUUGAAAAAUAUUACACAUACAGUGUCCUCUAGAGGGAUCGAAAGGAACUAUUGACAGUCUGACAGAAUGUCAGAUUGAAACUACAAAGCAAGAAUACGAUAUUGGAAAAUCAGUGACAAUUUGACUUUAAAUAGAUGCCUCAUAGAGGUCACUGUAUAAUUGUUCAAUAUUCAACUGAACAUCAUAGUUGAAUAAUAGUGUUAAAUAACGAUCUGGCUCUAUCUUUGAUAUCUAUGAGAACUGAUUGUAUGCUCAAUCAGGAAAAUGAAGAAGACAUUGUUCUGUUUUUUCAAGGCGCUUUGCCAUAUUUGUAGUCAUGAAAUGAAUUUUCAGAGUUUCCAUCAUAACAGUUAUAUAAUUUUAUGCAAGUGAUGUUAGUAAAAUCGUGUAGUUGUUUUCCAUAAUAAUAUACAUUUAUAAAAUCUCUCAAUGGUAUAUCUUGAUGGUCUAAUCUUCCAUUCACCACCUAUUGAAUAUUUUUUGGACUCUGUCAUAAAGUUAUUAAAAUAAGUCUUCUGGAAAACCUUCAUGGUGAUUGAGCAAAAGAUAUCAUUCCUCAAGAAAGGAAAGAAAUGAUAAGAGCACUCAAAAAAGAGUCCAAUAUGACAAUAUAAUAUUUAUGUGAUCAACCAAGCUCCUAUGAAUAGGAAUGUAUUUUUCCAAAUAUUUUCUAUGCGAUUUC